UUUCAGUAAAAUUCUGUAGCUAUCGCAAUGCCCAUUUCCUUAAAAUCAGGCUUUUGAAUAAAUACAGGUUCCUGACUGUUUAACGCCAUAACACUAACACUACCUAAAAUGCUACGUGUAACAUAAACUACGACAGAUGGUCUUUUCUUAAUGGUAACAACUCAAUCCCUUUAAUUCCACCCCAUAAGAUUCACCAUUUCGCGCGUAAAAAUUCCCGGUGCUGAAAUUCCAACUCCGUGCAGCUCAGCGUGCAGCCUGCAGAUUGGUCAACGGAAACAUCCAUCACCGUUUAGCCUCGCCCCUCCCCCAUUCAACCACAGGGUUUAAUGUUCUAGUGUUUUUACAACUGUAUUUAGUAAAGGGGAGCAUUUAUAGUUUACAUGCAGUAAACACUCAAUUGCAAUACAGGGUUUUACUUUUAUUUUUAAGAGGCUAGUCAGGAAUACAACAUGCCCAAAAGAAAGACUGGAACUGAGGGAGAGGUGAAAGAGGAGCCCCAGAGGAGAUCAGCAAGGCUAUCAGCAAAACCAGUACCCCCCAAGCCUGAACCAAAACUUAAAAAGCCAGCAAAGAAGGUGAAGGCUGUGAACGAUAAGAAGGAGGACAAGAAGCCACCGGUGAAAGGGAAGAAGGGAGCGAAGGCAGAGGCAGACACAAACGAGGAGAAUCACUCUGAAAAUGGAGAUGCCAAAACUAACGAGGCACAGUCUCCUGAAGACUCGGAAGACAAGGAAGCCAAGUCUGAGUAGCCCCUCCCCCAUCAUCUUCAUCAUCUCUGUUGUGUGGUACCCCAAUCCUUCAUGAUGUAUUGUUAACAGAGGAAUAUUUUUUAUCAACGAUUUUAUAAAUACAGGUUUUUAGCACAAAGCUAAUUAAGCAAGACCGUUGCAGUGAGGUACAUCUAAUAUCUCUAAAAAUUAAAAAAAAUCAUUUUUUAUUUGAGAAAGACAUGUGGUUGUAACAGUUUGUUAUGGUGUAGGGAAAGGACCGGUGGUAGAUUUGAAAUGCGAGUGUCGCUCUGACAUCCUUUCCAAAUGGCCCCGUCUCCCAAUAUUUUCCUUGUGUUCAGUGUAUAUUUUAUUUUUUUUUUUACAUUCCAGGAAGGCUGUGAGGGUUGAUUUAAUAAACCAUUUUGAUAAAAACUUGCAGGAUGUGAAAAUAUUAAGCAGGAAAAAAAAAAACUAAAUAACAAUGUCUUUAUUUUUUUUCUGGUUUUUAAAUCACGGUAAACUGUUUUUUAAAAUAAAAGUUUUAACAUCUAUUUAAAUAUGCAGAUGUCUGUGUGUUCCCACUCUUUUUAAACAUUAACUCUGAAUGUAUCUUAAUAAAAAGACUCUGGAAGUUUC